CUAAAACCAACUCAACAGACAGCUUAUAUGUAAAAGACGAGUCAGCGUAAAACAAUUUCAAUUUUGAAAGAGAAGCCCCUCCAUUUUCUCUCUCCUUGUCAUUUUCUCAACGCAUUUUCAAUACAAUUAGCUUAUUCUUCUUCUUUGUCUGAAAACCCCCAAACUCUAACUUAACCCAAAAUUCCUUCUUUCUUCUUCCUCAAGAUCUAAUAAUGGUGGAGGAGCCUUAUUCUUAACUUCGCAACAUCGUCAUUCAACUUCAGUAGGAUCAUGGCGUCACGAGAUGCUGCUAGAUAUAAAAGAACUGACGAUUCCAGUAAGGGGAAGUUGUUAAAUGAAAUCGAAAGUAUUAGCAAGGCACUCUAUUUGGACAGGAAUCCGUCAAAAAGCUCCUCUUCUGCAGCUAGAAGUCUGCCUAGAACAGUUGAUAAGAAUAAUGUAUUGGUGUCCAAUCCAACAUCAAAGCAUGGCGGUGAUGUCCCCUCAACCAAGGAGAAGAAGUCGAUUUGGAAUUGGAAACCUUUGAAGGCUUUUUCCCAUGUCAGAAAUCGAAGGUUUAAUUGUUGCUUUAGUCUUGAAGUCCAUAAAAUUGAAGGGUUGCCCUCUAAAUUCAAUGAUAUUAGCAUUUGUGUUCAUUGGAAGAGAAGGGAUGGAGAAGUAGUCACUAGCCCAAUCAAGGUUAUCAAAGGAGCCGCUGGAAUUGAGCAGAAACUAACUCAUACUUGUUCAGUUUAUGGCAGUAGGAGUGGUCCACACCAUUCUGCCAAGUAUGAGGCGAAGCAUUUUUUAAUUUAUGCGGCAGUUUAUGGGCAUCCAAGGGUUGAUUUAGGAAAGCAUCGUGUUGAUCUCACAAGGCUGCUUCCACUUACAUUGGAGGAGUUGGAGGAUGAGAAGAGUUCUGGGACAUGGACAACAAGCUUUAAGCUAUCAGGUGAGGCAAAAGGUGCUGUCAUGCAUGUUAGUUUUGGAUAUUUGGUGCUAGGGGAUGGUACUGCUCAUAAUAACAAGAAUAUGCUUCAACUUUUGGACUCAAAGUCAACUGCCAGGAAUCAUGUAAAAUCUAAUCAAGGUGAUGGGAAGAGCUCGAUGAGGCGUGCUGGAAGCCUUCCUUCAAAUUUAAAGUCAUCUACAACAACUCGUUUUAUGGAUGAUGUAAAAGUUCUCCAUGAGGUUCCAUCUUCAAAAAUGUCUGAAUUAUCUAGCUCUGUAAGCAUGCUGUAUCAAAAGUUUGAUCAGGAGGACUCAGACUCCUUGGUUGAAGAUAAGCGUGAAAUUCAAGUGCCUACAGAUGAUGACAAACCUGUAAAGUCAUCUCAUUGCUCUCCAUCAGAAUCUAAUCAGGAAAAUAUGUUGAAUGAUGAGAAUUCUGAGUUUUCAUUUGUUGAGAAGGGGGUGGAAUAUUUGGAGGAGAAGACAACAUUAGUGGAGGAUGGGGAAAAGGUUGUUAAUAAUCAAGAUGUGAUGGAGGAUGGGGCAAAGGUUGUUGAUAAUCAAGAUGUGGUGGAGGAUGGGGCAAAGGUUGUUGAUAAUCAAGAUGUGGCGGAGGGUGGGGCAAAGGUUGUUAAUAAUCAAGACGUGGUGGAGGAUGGGGCAAAGGUUGUUGAUUAUCAAGACGUGAUUGAGGAUGGGACAAAGGUUGUUGAUAAUCAAGAUGUGGAGGAUGGGGCAAAGGUUGUUGAUAGUCAAGAUGUGGAGGAUGGGGCAAAAAUUGUUGAUAAUCAAGAUGUAAUGAGCUCUGAUCUUUCUGUAGUCUACAACAAUGCUGGAGUAUCUUGUCAAAUGGAAGCUGACUUCAAAAGAGAUGAAUAUGUAACAAAUGAUUCCAACUUCGCAGAAAAGAGUAUGUGCACCAAAGAAUCACUUCUAGAAGAUCUGGAGUCAGUUUUGAGCAAUGUUGCUGACCUUGAGAAAGAAGGAUUAGACACCUCAGAGGCCAAAAGUGAAUCGAGCGAUCAAGAAAACCAGAAUGAGGAUGAGCCAAACAUGGUAAUGCCUUCAGUUAGCUUGGAUGACCUUGCAGACACUGUUGCUGAUGAAUUUCUAAGCAUGCUCGGAGUGGAAGAUUCUUCCUUUGCCCUUGAUUAUGAAACGGAGCCUGAGUCUCCAAGAGAGCGUCUCUUGAGAGAAUUCGAAAAGGAAGCAGAGGCUAGUGGUUGUUCGUUAUUUGGUUUUGAUAUUGAUGAAGAGGAAAUGGAAGAUUAUGACUAUUAUGCUCCCACUAUUUCUGGGUGGGAGGAGUAUUCUGAGGAUUCUGAUUUCUUAACAGUAGAUCAGCAUGAAUAUCCCAAGAUUAGGGCCAAAGUUAUGGAAGAUUUGGAAACACAAGAACUUAUGCAAGAAUGGGGCUUGGACGAGAUGGCUUUCCAGAGCUCUCCACCAGACAAUAGAGGUGGCUUUGGCAGUCCUAUUGAUCUCCCUCCUAUAGAAUCUUUACAGUUACCUUCCCUUGGAGAAGGCUUAGGUCCAUUUGUUCAAACCAAGACCGGAGGAUUUUUGCGAUCCAUGAACCCUAACCACUUUACGAAUGCCAAGAGUGGUGGCAGCCUAAUCAUGCAGGUAUCUAGUCCUGUUGUGGUUCCUGCUGAGUUGGGGUCUGGGGUAAUAGAUAUAUUACAGAAUUUGGCUUCAAUAGGACUUGAAAAGUUAUCUGUGCAAGCCAGUAAGUUAAUGCCUUUGGAAGAUAUCACUGGAAGAACAAUGCAACAAAUAGCUUGGGAAGCUGUACCUCGUGUGGAAGCGUCUGAAAGCCAAUAUAUGCUUCAAGAUGAGCGAAGAGAUGGCCUUCAUAUAUCUGAUGGAAAUAAACAAGUUAAACAACCUUCUUCUUGCCGGAAAUCUAAAAAAACUAGUGCAAGCUUGUAUUUUGAUGAGGGACAGUCAGAAUUUGUAUCUUUAGAAGAUUUAGCACCAUUGGCAGUGGAUAAGAUUGAAGCACUAUCAAUUGAGGGUUUGAGAAUACAGUCUGGCAUGUCAGAUGAGGAGGCACCUUCAAACAUCAAUGCUCAGUCUAUCGGGGAAGUCUCAGCUGUUGAAAGGAAAGGUAUAACUUCCAUUGCGUCGAUGGGUUUGGAGGGAGCUGCAGGAUUGAAGCUAUUAGCCCUUGAGAACAGUGGGGUUGAUAGCGAUGAUGGGCUAAUGAGUUUAUCUUUAACAUUGGAUGAAUGGAUGAAGCUGGAUUCUGGUGAAAUUGACGAAGAUGAGCGACUAAGUGAGAGGACUUCAAAGCUUUUAGCUGCCCACCAUGCCAAAAACACAGAUUUAAACAUGUUUGGGAGGAAGGGAGAUAAAAAGCAGGGUAAAGGUUCUGGAAGGAGGUGUGGCUUAUUAGGUAACAAUUUCACUGUUGCCUUGAUGGUCCAACUUCGUGAUCCCUUAAGAGACUAUGAGCCAGUUGGCACACCAAUGCUUGCUCUGAUUCAAGUGGAAAGGGUUUUUGUUCCUCCGAAGCCAAAGAUAUACAGCACAGUUUCUGCACCAAAAGACAGCAGUGAUGAAGAUGAUCUUGAGUCAGUUACCAAGGAAGAGAAGAAGCAGGAGCCUGAAGAGAAAACCCCAGAACAGGACUUUAUUCCUCAGUACAAAAUCAGUGAGGUGCAUGUUUCAGGUUUAAAAACUGAGCUUGGUAAGAAAAAGCUGUGGGGCAGUAGUGCGCAACAGCAAUCAGGAUCACGUUGGUUGCUUGCAAAUGGCAUGGGGAAGGGGAAAACUUCAUUUACGAAGCCAAAGAUUGCUGCCAAAUCUUCAUUGCCAGCCACAGUUGCAUCUCAGCCAGGUGAUACCUUAUGGAGUAUUUCUGCUAAGUUUCAUGGCAGUGGAGCCAAAUGGAAACAAUUAGCUGCACUUAAUCCGCAUAUCCGAAACCCAAAUGUUAUACUUCCAAAUGAAACCAUCAAGCUUCGAUAAAUGGAAUGUGGAAUUUAGUGUGACUUCUGGACUUGAUAUUCCACAUGAGGCAUUUCAUUUUUUGCCUGUUUCUGCCUAUUGUUGGAGAGGUUGUGCAAUUCUAUGAUAUUAUCUGUUGUGCGGGAAAUUCUUAUACCCCUGGGUUAAGUUAAACAAAUGCAAAACAAUGUGAAUUAGUGUACAUUGGUUAUGAUGUAAAGCCAUAGAUAUAGAAAAGUGGUGUGGGAAAUUGUUUUUCCGAUGAAAUGUGAUGAUGGCAAAUGUAUUGUGUGUAUGGGAACAGCAGCCUUUUUGGUAGAUUUGGGCCAUUGGAUUUUUAUCCAUUUUGAUUUAUCUCCUGAAAUAUAAUAAAUCCUUAUCAGCUGCAUAUA